AAAAAUGGCGAGGUUGGGAAACGGUUAGAAAAUGGUUUUACAAAGAGCAACGUGUCGGUCAGAUUAGUGUUUCUCCUACUUUUCUUUUUCUCUUCUUUUCUGCUUCAUCCUAUCCUUCCCAAACAAUAAAAACAAAGCCACCUUACCAUUACAGUACCCUUUUUCUUCUCUCUCUCUCUCUCUACAGAAUCUAUAGCUUCCUUCCUUCCUUCACUCCCAUUCCAUGCCGAAUCGCCUCACAUCUGAUCUUUAAAACUAAUAUUUCCCAAUACUUGUUUUCUACUUCUUUAUUUUUUUUAUUUUUUUAAAAAAAAAGAUAAAUGGAUUCCCUUCAUGAUUCAAUAUCAGCGGCGAAUGCCGUCGCCACAAACGGCAACACGGUGCCGCCGUUCCUCAGCAAAACCUACGACGUGGUGGAUGAUCCAUCGACCAACUCCGUUAUCUCGUGGAGUAGCGCUAACAACAGUUUCGUUGUCUGGAAAGUGCCGGAGUUUUCAAGGGACCUUCUGCCUAAGUAUUUUAAGCACAAUAACUUCUCCAGCUUUGUCAGACAACUCAAUACUUAUGGUUUUAGGAAAGUUGACCCAGACCGUUGGGAAUUUGCAAAUGAGGGGUUCCUAAGAGGUCAGAAACAUCUCUUGAAAACUAUCAGCAGGCGGAAACCUGCUAAUGUCCAUAGUAAUCAACAACCUCAAGUUCAUAGCUCGGCAGUUGCAGCUUGCAUUGAGGUAGGGACGUUUGGGCUCGAAGAGGAGGUUGAAAGGCUUAAGAGGGACAAGAAUGUUCUCAUGCAGGAACUUGUUAGGUUGAGACAGCAGCAACAAGCCACAGAUAACCAGUUGCAAGCUGUUGGCCAGCGUGUACAGGUGAUGGAGCAGAGACAGCAGCAAAUGAUGUCUUUUCUUGCUAAGGCCAUGCAAAGUCCAGGUUUCUUAAGCCAGCUUGUACAGCAGCAGAAUGAAAGUAAAAGACACCUUACUGGUGGAAACAAAAAGAGGAGACUCCCCAGGCAGGAUGAAGAAAAUUUAACCGGUGAACAUGGUACCAUAUUUCCUAAUAGACAGAUUGUAAAAUUUCAGCCUUCAUUGAACGAGGCAGCGAAAGCAAUGCUGCACCAGAUAUUGAAGAUGAACACAUCACCUAGGCUGGAACCUUCGAUAGAUAACCCUGAUGCUUUCAUGAUUGAUGGUAUUCCUCCUUCCAAUGCAUUAGACAGCGGGAGCUGCUCCAGUCGAAUUUCUGGAGUGACACUGUCAGAAGUCCCACCAGCUUCUGGACAGUCUUAUCUGCAAGCAGAAUCAGGUUUUCCUAACAGUUGUCCGUCUACUGCCACUCAUUUAACAACUGAGAAUACUAAAUUGGGUAAAAUAUCUGAUACAAAUCAGCAUAAAUAUAAAAAAGAAGCAGUUUUUCCAAGUGUCCCUCUUAUGCAAGGGGUUGUGACUGAUAAUAAUGUUGGCUUUACAAAUGCAACACCGACAAAUGCAACACCAGGAGGAGGGUCUGAGAGAGUGAAUGCAGAGUACGUUGACCCGGUGUCAGUCAUUUUGAAUGGUGCAAGACCAAUACAAUCGGAUGACUUUUCUAGUGAUCAUGAUAUGGACAUGUUGCUGGAUGGAACCCCCAAGCUUCCAGCAAUUAGUGAUGUUUUCUGGGAGCAGUUUCUUACAACAAGCCCCCCCAGUGGGGACUCUGAUGAAAUUAACUCGAGUUCUCCAGAAAAUGGCGCAAGUUGUGAACCUGAAUUACUGUUGGGGAAGAAUAAUGGACGGGAUAGGAUUCAACAUACGAAUCAUCUCACAGAGCAAAUGGGCCUUCUUACAACAGAUAGCCAGAGAGGCUGAUGCCCCACAAACUGUGUAUGCGUAUGGUUCUAACUCUUGCAUCCUUUUUUUUAUUUUUCUGUCAUCGUGAUAAGGUCAUUUCUUAUUAAUAAUAAUAAUAAUAAUAAUAAUAAUGCUUUGCAUCGUAUUCGGCUCCUAUUGAAAUACAUAGUGUCAUCCUUUAAAGAAAUUGCCCUUACGACGAAUAAAAAAUUAUUAACAUGUAUUUUUUAUUUUUACUAAUUUAAUCCUUUUUGUUUUAACAUAUGAUAAUUCCUACACUUCAUUCUUACUGCAUAUACAAGGGCAAGGGCUUGUUCAGAAUCCCUUUAUUGUUUUGAUCUUCAGGCUUUGGAUGGUUGUCUCGAUCUUUGAAUUCGCUACAACUUCUUUUGAGUUUUUCAAAAAAAAUUCUAUGGUUAUUGCAGAGGUUAAUGCUGCUGAUGAUGAUAAUGAUCUGUGAAGUUGGGUAGAAAAGAGGAACUUUUGUUAUUAAAAGGAGUUAUUUACAAUGUCAUUGUUCUAAUAGCAUAACAUGUCUUCCAAAUGGUUGUUAUCCAAUGAAACACCCAUAAUAGUAAUAUAUAUCAUUUAAGAAGAGUAUGUUAUGGGACAUCCCUCUUUUAGCCAUAGAUGAAUUUUAGGAUAUAGAUUCUCACUUGUAGAAAAUAAUAUCUGGGUAUUACUCUCUUUUUGCCUUUUCCUUGCUUUAUAUGCUUACAAAUGUUUGAUUGAAA